AUGGCGUCGGAGGUCGACUCACCCGGGCAAUGUGCCGCAGCUGUCCCCACUCCACCAACAGCACUUCGAGCGUCCCCAGGACCUGCUGCCAAGCCUGCCCUACCGCUCCUCCUUUUUCCGCUGGACCCUGCCUGUAAUGGCCGCUUUCUGGAACUCCUGUCACCAGCAGCCACUUCUCCUUCAUUCCCUGUAAGAGAGGACACAAAAACUGAAUGUUCGGCAGUUCUUCUGCCUCCCCGUUCGGCAGUCGAACGGCCGGCAGUAUGGCUACUUCCUCGUUCAACUCCCGAACAUUUGGCAGUUUUCUUACCUCCCCGUUCGGGAAACGAACGGCCGGCAGUAUCAGUACCUCCACAUUCGUCUCCCAAACGUUUGGCAGUUUCAGCCCAUUCGCCGGUUCUCCUACCUCCACGUUUGUCUCCCGAACGUUCGGCAGUUUCAACACUUUCGCCAGUUCUCCUACCUCCACGUUCACUCCCGGAACGUUCGGCAGUUUCAGAUUCGGUUCCCGAACCAGCAGCCUGCAACUCCAGCCUAGCCUGA